CCGUCACACAACUUUCUUCUUAAAAGUAAACCAAUUUCAAAGAUUUUGUUUACUCAAUUGCUAUGAUCGUCCAAACCAGUCCAUACUUGGACCAGAAGCCUGGAACAUCAGGCUUAAGAAAGAAAGUCACUGUUUUCAAACAAAAGCACUAUAGUGAAAACUUCAUUCAAGCCAUCUUGGAUGCGAUUCCACAAGGUGCUCAGGAUGCUACUUUGGUGAUUGGUGGCGAUGGCCGCUACUACAACGACCAUAUCAUCCAGCUCAUCAUCAGGAUCGGGUCUGCCAACGGUGUUAGAAAGUUAAUUGUCGGUCAAAACGGUAUCUUAUCUACUCCUGCUACCUCCCAUGUUAUACGUAUUAAAGGGGCCACUGGAGGAAUAAUCUUGACGGCUUCACAUAAUCCGGGUGGGCCCACGAAUGACUUGGGAAUAAAGUACAACUUGGAGAAUGGGGGACCCGCUCCCGAACUGGUGACCAACAAAAUCUUCGAAGUGUCCAAGAAGAUCUCGGAGAUUAAAAUCGACGAGGUGGAGGAAUUAGAUCUCUCCAAAAUUGGGGUAUUCAAGGCAGGUAGCUUGGAAGUGGAAAUCAUUGAUUCUACCAGAGACUAUGUGGACAUGUUAAAGGCAAUUUUCGAUUUCUCCUUGAUCAAACUGUUCAUCUCUGCCAACCCAAAGUUCACCGUUUUAUUUGAUGCUUUGAACGGUGUCACUGGCCCUUACGGAUACGAAAUUUUUGUCAAAGAGUUGGGAUUGCCUGAGUCUUCGAUUCAGAACUUCGUACCUUUGCCUGAUUUUGGUGGUUUACAUCCAGAUCCUAACUUGACUUAUGCAAAGACAUUAGUGUCGAAAGUUGAUAGUGAUGACAUUUCUUUCGGUGCUGCUUCUGAUGGUGACGGUGAUAGAAACAUGAUUUAUGGGGCCAAGACCUUUGUUUCUCCUGGAGACUCUGUAGCAAUUAUCUCGGAGUAUGCCGAUUUCAUUCCUUACUUCAAGGAACAGGGUAUUUAUGGAUUGGCAAGAUCAAUGCCGACUUCAGCAGCUAUUGACUUGGUUGCCAAAGCCAAGGGCUUGAACUGCUACGAGGUCCCUACAGGCUGGAAGUUUUUCUGCUCCUUAUUCGACUCUAAGAAGUUGAGUAUCUGUGGUGAAGAAAGUUUUGGUACCGGUUCUAACCAUAUCAGAGAAAAGGAUGGUUUAUGGGCCAUUAUUGCUUGGUUGAACGUUUUGGCAGGAUUUAACAAGUUAUACCCUGAUGAGGAACCAAGUAUCAAGUCGGUGCAAGACAAGUUUUGGGAAAAGUAUGGUAGAACCUUUUUCACAAGGUAUGACUACGAAAAUGUGGAUUCUGACGGAGCCAACAGCAUCAUAAACAUAUUGACAAAAAUUAUUGAAACCAAGUCAAGCUUGCCUGGUUACGAAAUCAAAGAAUCGGGCAACUUUAGCUACACCGAUUUAGAUGGUUCUGUAUCUUCUAACCAAGGUUUAUUCAUCAAGUUCAUCAGCGGGUUGAGAGUUGUCUUGAGAUUAUCUGGUACCGGCUCUUCAGGUGCAACCAUAAGAUUGUACUUUGAGAAAUAUAGUGAUGAUAGAUCAAAGAAGAGUCAAAAAGUCGAUGAAUACUUGGCUGAAGACGUCAAAUAUAUCAUUGAGUUGUUGAAGUUCAAACAAUUCAUUGGUAGGGAAGAACCUGAUGUUAAAACCUAGUCAAACCUUCGAGCGUUAAAAUCAAAUCAUUAAAUUGUCUACUUAAAUAUAUAUACGUCAAGAAAAUCAUCUAAAUGUCGUCUAUUCACACAUCAUACUUUGCUCUCUUUGCAUCUCCUCCUUCUUGCAAACUCACAAUCUCAUCUAAUCUUCUUCUCAUAGAGUUUUCUCUGAGUCUUGCAGCUUGCUCCAUGGCUUCAAGCUCCAUUAUUCUGGUUCUGUAUAAAUCAUUUACAAGUUCCAACUCACUGAUUCUCGUCUUCAAAAUCGUGAUUUCCUCGUCCUUCUUCCUUUCGCCGUCAUUGCCUCCAUCUCGGUUUCCUGAGCUGUCGCUAUUCUCAUUGUUGCUUUGGUUGUGAUUAUUAUUGUUGUUGUUGUUACCGUUGUUAUGUCCACCAUUAUUACUUCCUUGAACCGGAGGUUGAUGUGGUGCUAGGUUAGAAAUGUGUGGCAAGCUGGGUUUACCUAAAGAAGCCACUUGUUGGAUAGGAGGUAAAGUUUCCGGUGUACUGGAUGCCCCCAUUGAAAGAUGACUUGGGUUGGUCUGUGAUAAAUGAUACUGAGGACCAAAGCUAGGAGAGUUUAUCGUCGUUCUUUCUGUGGUUGGCGUCAAAGGCUUCAGGUAAUUAAGAGCCAGUGAAGGUGUGGAAAAAACUGGACUUUGUUCUCUCUUUAUUUGGGCCUUAUUAUUAUUAAUCAAGGAUAUUGGAGUCGACACUUUGUUCAUCUGGAAAGUAGCACUUGGACCCAAUUCGUUGGACAUGUUUUCCAAAGCACCUGCGGCUUGGUGAAUAGAGUUGUUUGCGGCACUAGCAGCGUUACUGUUUCUGGUGUUGGAGAUCGAAGAAGUAUUGGAAAGCAACAACGGAGAAGUAAUUCUCUGUAAACCCGGAGCAAAGUUCGUAGGAGUUGAAG